ACAGCAACAGGUUUUGGAAUCAAUAAAAGAUCAGUCCAUCGAAAAAGCUUUAGAAGAAAUUAAAUCAGAAAAAUUAGAAAUAACUGUGAAGCAAGAUAACAAUGGUUUUGAAGAAAAUAAAAGAGAAAAUUCGAGCAUGAAACAUCAACUCUAUAAAUUUUCUUCUGAUUUUAAAAAGUUUAUUGGAUUUAUCGGCCCUGGUUACGUUAUCGCGGUUGGAUAUCUUGACCCCGGCAAUUGGGCGACUGAUUUAUCUGCUGGAUCUCAGUUCGGAUAUACUCUACUAUUUAUAAUUUUCUUCUCCAACUUAAUUGCAGUUUUGAUGCAAGCUUUAUCUAUCAAGUUGGGUGUAGUCACAGGAAUGGCAUGUGACCUGUCCGAAGUUAUCGGUAGUGCGAUUGCACUAAAUCUUCUAUUUAAUAUUCCGCUUGCAUGGGGAGUUGCUAUUACAGCGUUAGAUGUGAUAUUAAUAUUGUUUUUAUAUAAGGAUAGUGAUAUGAAAUCUGCACAUAUAUUAGAAUCCUUGGUCAUGUUAUUAGUAGGCGUCGUUGGGUUUUGCUUUGUCCUGGAAUUGGUAUAUGCUAAACCUAAUAGCUUAAAAGUAUUAAAAGGUUUCUUGCCUACUUCUGGAAUAUUUACAAAUGGAGCCCAAUUAUACAACACAGUCAAAGCUCGGAAAUUCCGAGAAGAAGAUCAAGGGAUUAAGUUCAAGUUCCAAAAUCGUGAUGGAAUCCUAGAAAGAAAUGACGCUUCGACAAAAAUUUUUUUCAAGAAGAUUGUCCAAAGCACCAUAUAUUUUUCAGUGAUCGAUUCAACUGUAGCAUUGACCUUUGCAUUAUUCGUAAAUUCAGCAAUUUUGAUAGUGUCAGCUGCAAAUUUUUAUUACGUUCCAUCACCACCAGUAGUGGCAAGUCUAUUUGAUGCAUACAACUUAUUGAAAUCUUACUUGGGGAUAGCGGCAGCAACAAUAUUUGCAGUAGGUUUGUUAUUCGCCGGGCAAAGCUCGACGCUUACAGCUACAAUUGCAGGUCAAAUUGUGAUGGAAGGAUUUACCGAUUUGAGAAUGAAACCUUGGCUGAGAAGGUUGCUGACGAGAUUACUUGCCAUUGUCCCGGCAAUGACAAUUGUGAUAUUGAAAGGAGAAUCAGGAUUAAAUAAUUUAUUGGUGGCGAGUCAGGUAGCAUUGAGCAUACAACUACCAUUCGCCAUAGUUCCUUUAAUAUGGUUUACUAGUCGCAAGGAAUUUAUGAAAGUUGACGUCAGAGAAUUGGCAAAGAGAGAGUUAGAUGAUGAAGAAGUUAUGAUCAAUGUGAAUGAAAGCGAGAACCAAGUCGAAGAAAAAAUAUCUUUUAAACGAAAAUUGUCCGGAUUAAUUUACUCCGACUCUCCAAAAAAGGAAUCCUUGCAAAGAAACAAUGGAGGCGAUUUAAUUACUAGCGAUGAAAGAUAUACUUUAGAAUUUUCCAAUUC